AUGGUCGCUAUCGGAGCCCUCGACUCGGGCAAUCCGGACGGCGAGGAUGAGUCCAAGAAGGCCGACAGGCUCGCCGCCCGGGCUGCGAGGUUCAACAAGCAGCUGGUAGGGAAUAGGCACAAGGAGUUAGAGGAAGCAAGAAUUCGCGAGAGGAAGGGGUUCGAACAACAAGGAUUGAUUCGAGCUGGAAAGACCGAGCUAGGCGAGGCGGUGGAUAUGAGAGGGACAUGUGAGAAGAUGUGCUCAGAGUACGAGGCGGAGUUCCGGGAGUUUACGGGCGAGGUGCACCCUUUAGAAGCGCGACCUGACGACCGGCGGCGGAUAGACCACCUCAAAGCCGUCGCAGCAUAUACUCGGUCGGACGCAGGUGCAGGACACGGCGAAGCCGCCAAGCUCCCCUCAGAUCUGCGUACACCCUCAACCCUCAUCAAAACUCUCGACUACCUAUUCUCCACCAUCCUCCCUUCACAACCUACCAUGCCCGCCCCGGCGCGUCCCACACCGCGGACCGCACUUGGCUAUACGGCGGGCUUCAUCCGCGACCGCACUCGGGCGAUCAGGAAGGAGUUUGCGAUGCAGUCGAGCUGGGGCCAGAUGGAGGCGAUCGAGAGCUUUGAGCGGAUUGCGAGGUGGCACAUCCUGUGUCUGCGGGAAUUGCAGGAGGAGACGGGCAUGAAUACGGAUAUGCACAUUGAUUCUGCCGAGCUGGGACGAUGCUUCACCAGUCUCCGCCAACACUACAAUGACCGGCGGGAAGAAUCAGGUAUCGACAUGCCAUGCCCAAACGAGCCCGAAUUCCGCGCCUACAUGCUCAUCUUCGACCUCACCCAAAAGGCCGUCGCUAUAUCCACCGCCGAGAUCCCCUCGGUCAUCCUGGACCACCCCAACGUCCAGCUCGCAUGGCAGAUCCGGCGCGCCGCCCAACGGAACUUUGACUCGCAAAAAGAAGGCUCAAAACAAAACGCCGAGCUCGGAGCAAAUAUCAUCACGUCCUUUGUCAAGCUAUUGAAGCAGGCGAGCGCGCCGUACCUCCUCAGCUGUCUCGUCGAGGUUCGGCUCCGCGAGAUGAGGCGCAGUGCUCUGCGGGCGCUGCAGCGGUCAUACCCCCGUGUAAAGGCCGAAGCGAUUCGGCGGAAUGCGGAGGGGGAGAUCGUGGAGAAGAGGAUGAUCGUGACGAGCGCGCUGGCGACGAUACUUGGGUGUGAGGAGAAGGAGACGGAGGGAAGUGCGUGGGACGAUGUGGAGCAGACAGGAGAGACGCCAGAGGCGGAGGCGUUGGAGAUUGCUGCGAGAUUUGAUCUGGAGGUGUUUUUCGAGGAUGGCCAGCCUCUCGGCGUCCUCAUCAAUCUCGGAUCGUCGUUUGAUGAUAACAAGGACGCACCAUACACCCGUCGCUGGAAGAUCAUCACCGAUAAGCGCCAAAAUAUUACCUAUUCGGACAUCAUCAAUGCCAAAGCUGGGGUUCUGGCCGAAGGAACUCCACAACCCAUACGCGUGGCUCCAACCUCGAGCUUCCGCCCAUCCUCCAUACCCGUGCCGUUCCGGCCGUCUAUCCCGGCAGCUACGCUCAAGCCUCCCGCGGUACCCGCCCCAUCGCAAGCGCAAGCCGCGCCAUUCUCAUUCUCCUUUGGAGGGAAUGGGCCACCCAAGCCGGUCUCGCAGUACGUUCCACCUCAGGCGCCACCUAUCUCGACACCCUCGUUACCGCCUGCGGGACCGGCGACUUCCUCGUCCGUGCCGGCUUUCACGUUCGGUAAGCCCGCAGACUCCAAGCCAGCUCCGGCUCCGGAGGUCGUUCCUGUCCCGGAAGCUCCACGUCCGGCCAAGCGGACCACUUUCUCAUUUGCCGCGCCUGCGCCGGUAGCGCCCAAUCCUGUUCCUGUGGCAGAGGCUGGGCCCGCAGCCCCUGCUGCACCUGCGCCCUUCUCCUUCGGUGCUCCGGCUGUCGCUGGACCGUCCAAACGGUCCAAAUCGCCAAGCCCACCUGCUUCCGCCAGCCCGGCCGAAGUCCUCGCCCGGCCGUCAUUCUUCGGGACACCUGCUGUGGCAGGACCGUCGACCCCAGCUGCUGCCCCACUCCCUACGACACCUGUUGCCAUUCCUCCAUCUCCCGUCGCCCAAUCACCACUAUCCAGCAGUGUCGCCGCUCCCUCACCUCGCAAAUCCUCGGUCCGCUCCCUUACCCGAAGCAUCGCGCGCGCACCCCUCAGCCCCGAGUCCCACGCCCCGCGGCCCAAUCAGCGAGCCGCCAUACACCCUUUAGCCUCUUCCCUCAUUGACGAACUCCUCCUCUCCCUGAUCGCCGAGAUCACGCCCGACCUCACCCGUACCGUCAAAUCUCAGAUCGCUGCUAGAGAGUACACCGCCCGGAAAGCUGCGCGCCGGCAAACCAUCUCGGACUGGUCUGCCGGUAUCCUCGACACCAUGCUCCAGGACGUGGGAGAGGAGAUAGCAAAAGAGGCGUAUAUCCACCAGAGCCAUCAGAGGGGGAAAGUACGCCAGACGGCGAAACACUGGCGGGAAUGGACGAAGGAGAGGGAAGAGACGCGCGAGACGGCCGUCAGGGAUAGAAGGGACGUAUGGGAGAAGUUGAGGGAUAUGGGUUUGGGUGGGGCGGAGGAGGGAGGGGGAAGUUUGAUCAGGGGAGAAAGUGUCGGGGUGGCGGGGAGUGAGAGGUUGGAGGAGAUGCAGGUGGAUAUGAGUUUGCAUGAGGCUGAGAGGCUCAAAGAGCACUUCUACUCUCCCGCUUCAUUCAUACAUACCAUCGCUCGGCAGAUUAGCCCUAUCCUCGCCUCCUCCCCGGAUACGAGUACCCCGAAAUUCCAGGUCCUCCUCUCCACCUCGGCAGACUCCGCCUCGCCCCCUCCGCCCGCAGCGAGCAAAUGGCUCGUCGAUAAAGUGACGCCAAAGAUUGAUGGGGGGGCUUGGUGGUUCUGCGAAGGGGUCAAUUACGCUACGGAGGUGAAGAGCCGGUAUGAUGAGCUUGAAAGCAGGAAGUUGGGGAGGGUGGGAAUGGUCUUGGUGGAGGUGCCUAUGAGUAGCGCGUUGAACAAGGAGAGGGAAACAAACUCGGCGGCCGUUCAAGACCGACUCGGAGCUAUCCUCGACCUCGCACAAGCGUCAGGUACGGCGUAUAACGCCCCCGUAAUUCUCUUGACAUGGCAAGAAGAGACACUGGAAGAGAUCUCGGAACGGCUAUCUUUGGCGGACUAUCUCCGUCGAUUCGAGCAUAUCAGAGUCAUGUGCCUUUCUCAGGUGGAAGAUCUGGAUACGAGAUUUGCCGAGGCUGUUCGUGGGGUGGUUCCGGCUGAUAUGAAGAGGGAUCAGCUCUUACUUCGAAUGGGUGAUGCGGCUGCAGCGAUCAUGCCGUUCUGGCAGCGACAGCUCGACUCGUCUUCAAUCCUGCUGCGCGACAACUCUCACAAUGCGAAACUCGCUCUGACCGCGUUCAAGCUCGGCAUCGAGUCUCUCAACGUUCUGUCCGACUCUAUACUCGCGUGGGUGAAGCGCGCUUCCGGCGGGAAGAAUGGUGAUUUCGACCCGGUGAUUCUGCCUUCCUUUGAGGACUCGCCAAGCGAUGACAUACAAUCCGCUGUUGGGAGCAUCGAGCAGUACCUCGAGAAUGAGCUUUUCGCGGGAUUACAAGAUGUCCAGCUCGUCGGCUCGAGCCUAUACUCUGCCUCGACGCGGAAUGAAGCGUUGCCCGUCGCUCAGCUUCUGGCCGCUAUAGCAGCCUUCACGCUCGGCGAGCUAUCUCACCUCUCCCUCCCUCUCGACAUAUACGGCACUCCAUCUUACAUCUCGACCAGACACGCCGACUUCAUCGGUACCAUCACGUCCACCUACAAGAAAUCCGCCGAGAGCGCCAUCACACACCUCGGCAGCUUGAUCGUUCUCCCCUCAUCGCCCAACUCGGGCUCGACCGACCGGACGUCGUCGACGGUCGGGAGUAAUAUCCGGAAACGACCUGCCGAGGACGAGGAUCUCAGUCCGACAAGCCCUGGGAAGAAGGAGAAGAGGAAGGAGAGUAAGGUCAAGAAGAAUAUGAGGUUGUUGAGGGCUAUUAGGGCGGUGGAGGGGAGUAUAGGGGAGAUGGUGGAUGGGGAAAUGGGGGAUGUGGGGGAUGGAAAUGAGGGGUCAGAGGGAAAGGGAGGGGGGCGCGAACGGGAGGUGUUGGGGGUAUCAUUCUGA